AGCCCUCGCCAAUCGGCACGACCAUGGCUGCCAUCCACCUGCGCCCGCUCCGCUCCGUCGCCGUCUCCUCCGCGAGGUACCGCUCGCUUCUCCACCUUCUCGCCCGCCCCCUCUCCUCUUCCCAAUCGUCCCACGCCUACCACCCUUUCCCCACCCCGGCCGCCGCCGCCCCCAACCAUGUUCACCACCACCACCCUACCCACCACAGCCAGCAGCAGUCGGCGCCGCCGAGGAACCCGCCUCCCCUUGGCCCCUCUCCGCAGUGGUCCCCGCAGCCUCCGCCGCCCCGCGGCUAUGGGCCUCCACCGCCGCAGCACCCGCAUGUGCCGCCGCCGCCGCCACGCGGCUACGGACCUCUAUCACCGGGACAGCACUUGCCGCCUUCGCCACACGGCUACGGCCCUCCACUGCCGCCGCCGCCACCACCACACGGCCACGGACCUCCGCCACCAGGACAGCAUGUUGUGCCGCCGCUGCCUCCAUCACACGGCCACAGACCUCCACCAUCGUGCCAGCAUGUGCCACCGCCGCCGCCAUCGCACGGUCACGGACCUCCGCCACCGGGCCAGUACGUGCCGUCUGCGCUGCCACGCGACCACGGGCCUCCACCCCCGCACCAGCAGGCACCGCCUCCACCGCCGCCGCCUGAGCCUGUAGCGGGGCCUGGGGAGCUGAUGGGAUUGUGCCGGGAGGGUCGGGUGAAGGACGCCGUGGAGCUUCUGGACAAGGGGGCGUGCGCCGACCCAGCCGCCUUCUACGAGCUCGCGGCAGCCUGCUCCAACCCUAAGCUGCUGGAGGAGCUCAGGAAGGUGCACGACUUCUUCCUCCGCUCACCCUUCCGCGGCGAUCUACGGGUCAACAACAAGCUGCUAAAGAUGUACGCCAAGUGUGCAGCCAUGCCCCACGCCCGCAGGACGUUCGACAAUAUGCCUGACCGCGACAUGGACUCGUGGCACAUCGUGAUCGAUGGCUACUCGGUCAAUGGGCUCGGGGACGAGGCGCUGCGACUGUUCGAGCUGAUGAAGGAGUGUAUGUCACCCACCAGCCAUACCUACCUGCUUGUGCUCAAUGCUUGUGCCAAUUCCGAGGCCAUUGAGGAGGCGCUCCUUUACUUUGAUGCCAUGCACAGGGACCAUGGCAUUGAGCCUGGUGUGGAGCACUAUGUUGGAAUCAUUGAGGUUUUGGGGAAGUCAGGGCACCUCAAUGAGGCCCUGGAGUUCAUUGAGAAGCUGCCGUUUGAGCCCAAUGCCAUGGUGUGGGAGUCGCUCUUAAACCUGGCCCGGAUGAAUGGAGACAUUGAUCUUGAGGACCGGGCAGAGGAGUUGUUGGUGUCACUUGAUCCAUCCAAGUCAAACCAUAAGAAGCUCCCAACCCCACCUCCAAAGAGGCGUCUGGGAAUUAACAUGCUUGAUGGGAGGAACAAGCUAGUAGAGUAUAGGCUUCCACCAAAGAUUGAAAAGAAGGUGGUCAAUGAGCAGAGGUACGUCCCAGACACAAGAUAUGUGCUCCAUGACAUUGACCAGGAGGCCAAGGAACAGGCAUUGCUGUACCACAGUGAGAGGCUGGCAAUUGCUUAUGGUCUGAUUAGCACCCCAGCAAGGACUCCACUUCGCAUCAUUAAGAACCUGAGGAUAUGUGGGGACUGCCACAAUGCCAUCAAGAUCAUGUCAAGGAUAGUUGGGAGAGAGCUCAUUGUGAGGGACAAUAAGAGGUUUCACCAUUUCAAGGAUGGAAAGUGCUCCUGUGGAGAUUAUUGGUGAUAAUGGAUUAAAGUCAUUCCUCUCACCAGUAUUUGCUGCCAUCCUUUACAUGGAUAUAUAUGCUGGCAGCCAUGGUUUCAAUUGAUAAUAAGCAUUAUGAAGGUAUCCAAUGGUGAUGUUAGUAGUUUCUCAUCCUUAAAUACACUUAAGAUCCUUAGAUGCAAGCACCUGUAUCAUGCAAGGUUAUCGCUUCUUGAUGCACUAAUCAAUCUUACUCUCUGUAUCAGUUUCAUGUUUCUCACGGGAAACAUGUGCUAAUUUGAAAUAUAUAGCUAUAUGGUUGUAAG